UACAUGUACCAUAUGCUUAUGUUUAUUGUUGCCUUCCACAUAAUACAGAUGCCAACGGAUGCAGAGCUGUCUGAAGACACUGUGAAAGGUCCGUCCGGGUCGGCUGAGUCUUCUUUGGAGAUUAUAGAGAGUCCCUCAAGAACAUCUCCUGUGGUGGAAGAACCGGAUCUCCUGCAGACUGAUUUGCCAAAGGAUGAAGACGCUUUGGAGACUGUGAAACUUCCCUCCAGGUCAUCUCCUGUGGUGGAAGAACCGGAUCUCCUGAAGGCCGAUUUGGAAGAGGAUGCAGAGCUGUCUGAGGAGACUGUGGAGAUUAUAGAGAGUCUUCUAGAGUCUUCUUUGGAAGAGGAUGCAGAGCUGCCUGAGGAGACUGUGCAGAUUAUCGAGAGUCUUCUCUACAGAGAGUCUUCUUUGGAGACGAUAGAGAGUCCCUCCAGAUCAUCUCAUGUGGAGGAACGACCGGAUCUCCUGAAGGACGAUUUGCCAAAGGAUGCAGAGAUGUCUGAAGAACCUGUGGAGACCAUGAAAGGGCCGUCCAGGUCGGCUGGGUCUUCAUUGGAGAUUAUAGAGGACCCCUCCAGAACAUCUCCUGUGGUGGAAGAACCGGAUCUCCUGCAGGAUGAUUUGCCAAAGGAUGAAGACGCUUUGGAGACUGUGAAACUUCCCUCCAGGUCAUCUCCUGUGGUGGAAGAACCGGAUCUCCUGAAGGCCGAUAUGUCAAGGGAUGUACAGCUGUCUGAGGAGGCUGUGGAGACCAUGGAAGGUCCGUCCGGGUUGGCUGGGUCUUCUUUGGAGAUGAUAGAGAGUCCCUCCAGAUCAUCUCCUGUGGUGGAAGAACCGGAUCUCUUGAAUGCCGAUAUGGAAAAGGAUGCAGAGCUGUCUGAAGAAACUGUGGAGACAGUGAAAGACAGAUCAUCUGCUGUGGUGGACGAACCAGAUCUUCUGCAAGCCGAGUUGCCAAAGGAUGCAGAGCUGUCUGAGGAGGCUGUGGAGACCAUGAAAGGUCCGUCCAGGUCUGCUGGGUCUUCUUUGGAGAUUAUGGAGAAUCCCUCCAGAUCAUCUGUCUCUACUCUGGAGUCUGUGAGGGAGAUGGCCACCCGUAUGCCACCAAGCUCAGCACCUCUAGAGGUAGGGCCACAUCUGCACUCUGUAAGACUUGUCGACUGUGAGAGAGUGAGUGAAGAUCCACCCAGCCCUGCCGCCACACUCUCUGAGCACGAGAUGAGGGCUCGAGAGUCCGAGCAGACAUGCAGUCCUGCAGUGCAGCGAAAACCGCUACCUCGUCUGCUACCACUGGAUCAACUCGCUGCCAUGACACUCAAACCUGGUCCGAUACCAGCGGAUCUACUUGCUGCCAUGGGACUAAAACCGAUACCUCCUCUGUCACCACUGGAUCAACUAUUUGCCGCCACACCCUCUGAGCACGAGAAGGGGGCUCGAGAGGCCGAGCAGACCUGUAUACCUGCAGUACAGCGAAGUCCGCUCUCUCCUCUGUCACAGACAUGUAGACCUACAGUGCAGCAAAAAACGCUACUUCCUCUGCCCCGAGCAGAUCAACUUGCUUCCGACACACCCUCUAAGCACGAGAGGAGGGUUCGAGAGGCCAAGCAGACAUGCAGUCCUGCAGUGCAGCAAAGACCACUCUCUCCUCUGUCACCAAUGGAUCAACUUGCCACCAUCUCAGACUCUGAUGUCGAGAAGAUUCGAGAGGCACUGAAACAGCAAUGCAGACCUGUGCGGCGCAGACCGCUGCCUCCUCUGCAACAGGCACGCCGACCUGCAGUGUGGCCAAGACCUCUGCCUCCUCUGCAACAGGCAUGCAGUCCUGCAAUGCGACCAAGACCUCUGCCUCCUCUGCCACCUGCAAAUGCAAUGCAAAGGCCCAGGAAGAAGAGGUCCAGUGCUGAGGCAUCCAAAAUCGAUCCAGAUGACAAGCUGCCUGACUCAGAGAGCAGCAAGUCCCAUGCCCCCAUCUCCUCCCUUGCAGUGGUGACUGAGGACAAGGCAACGCAGACAAUAACACCAAGAGAUGCAUUGGAACACAAAGAGGGCUGUGAAGGACGAUCGAAGGUUGAGAGUACAAGAGUUUUGGUGCUCUCAACAAAAUUGAAAUUUGACUUGGUUAAAACACUUAAAGAAGAGGCCAAGGCUCACUACAAAGAGGAGAAAAUCAUUCUGAAGAGGGACAAAAAAAAAGAUAAAAUAGACAUUUUGAACGGCCAGAGGAGGGUUGAAACCGAGCUGAAAAUAGUCAAGGGCCAGCUAGCGGCAUGCUUAAAGAACAGCAAAAAGAAGCUGGUGGAGGAGGAGAAGGAAGAAAAAAAGAAACAAAAGGCUCUUCCCAAACAGGCAAAGGAAGAGAAAGUUGAUCAGAAAAAGCUUGAGAAGGAACAGGACAAAGAGUUUAAAAAGCUGCUCAAAGAGAAGUUGGAAAUGAAAAAACAGGAAAUGAUAAGAAUACAUGAGGAAGAGAGGAGGAAAGAAGAGCAAGAAACGAACGAAGAAAGAAUUACUGAGAGAACGAUAUGCUGCUGCUGUAGAAUAACGUGCAGACAAGAAGUCAAACAAAAGGAAAGCAAGAUCACAAAGAAAUUCAAGAAGCAAGUGGACAUGUUGCUGAAAGAGGAAAAGAAGGCAGAAUGGCUAAAAUAUGAGCUGCAAAAGUUGGAAAAUGUGAAAAUUAGGAGGGAGGCUGAGGAAAAGAUUCAGAAGAGUCGGGAGAUGGAGAAAAGAGAGGAGGAGGAGGAGAAGAAGAAGAGAGGGCUGGAGGAGAGGUCCGCUGCCGAGCAGGAGGCAAAUGACUGGCUCUGUAAGAUGAGGGCUGUGCUGAGACGAGUGAGGGAAGGUGAAGCUCGUCUCAGCAACCUUGUUUAAAAGAAGCCGGCAGGACCUGUUAGAGGAAGCAAGACGGACAUUAAGUGGUGCCAAGAGCAGAUGAAAAAAAAACGGAGGGUUCCAAGGUGGGGAUGUGAGUCUGCCCAGGAUCUCCUGACGCCAUACUGU